UGGUGUCAUUCGCGGGCAUGCUCACUCCUCGGUCUGUAUUUGUCGGAAUAAGCGUGCGUUCAGGUUAUAUGCAACGAUGUCUCGAAACGUGGAAGACGACUUGCGUCGGCCUCAGUACGACGACGAGUUUAAAGUGAGUGAACAAUCUGAAGAACCGGAAAAUCUGCCGGAGGUUAUCAAUUUUGUGCUGACGGAAGAGAAGGUUCUGAAGAAAUGGGAUGAAGAGCGGACGUUCGACACGUGCAUGGAACUGUCGCGGGACAAGCCCAGGUAUUCGUUUUACGAUGGACCCCCAUUUGCCACCGGUCUCCCGCAUUACGGACACAUUUUAGCCGGCACCAUCAAGGAUAUCGUCACCAGGUACGCGUACCAGUGCGGCUUCCACGUGGAGCGUCGUUUCGGCUGGGACUGUCACGGACUGCCGGUGGAGAACGAGAUCGACAAGGAGUACAACAUCAAGGGACCCGAUGACGUGGCCAAGAUGGGCAUCGCAGAGUACAACGCCAAGUGUCGUAAUAUCGUGAUGAGGUACGCCGAUCAAUGGGAAAUGCUGAUCGUGCGAACGGGUCGAUGGAUAAACUUCGUCGACGACUACAAGACCAUGUACCCGUGGUACAUGGAGUCCAUUUGGUUUAUCUUCAAGCAGCUGUACAAUAAAGGCCUCAUCUACAAGGGUUUCAAAGUGAUGCCUUAUUCCACUGGUUGCAACACGGUGCUGGCCAAUUUCGAAGCUGGUCAGAAUUACAAAGAUGUUCAGGAUCCAACUGUGGUGGUGGCCUUCCCUCUCCUGGACGAGCCGGGUGUCUCUCUGCUGGCGUGGACCACCACUCCAUGGACCUUACCUAGUAACUUGGCACUGUGCGUCAAUCCAACCCUGGAAUAUAUAGAAGUUAAAAAUAAUGAUUCCGGUAUUAUUUACAUCAUGUUAGAAGCUCAACUGCAUCUUGUUUUCAAAUCCCCAGAUCUUUACACUGUACUGGGUAAGAGAAAGGGCAUCGAUCUGAAAGGGAAGGAGUAUGAACCACCAUUUCCAUAUUUCAUAGAUUAUAGAGCGAAGGGUGCUUUCAAAGUAUUGAACGAUACUUAUGUCACAGCGGAGACAGGAACUGGUAUUGUCCAUCAAGCUCCAUACUUUGGUGAGGAUGAUUAUCGAUGCUGUCUGAACGCCGGUAUAAUAACGAAGGAAGACAGUUUUGCAUGUCCUGUGGACGACUGUGGUCGUUUCGUGCAGCCGGUUCACGAUUUCCUCGGUAUGUACGUCAAGGAUGCGGACAAGGAGAUAAUAAAAUAUCUGAAAGCUAAGGAGAAAUUAAUUGUUGCUAGUAGAGUAAAGCACAGUUAUCCUUACUGCUGGAGAACCGACACACCGCUCAUUUACAGAGCUGUACCCUCUUGGUUCAUCAGAGUAGAAUCCAUCAAGAACCAGCUAUUAGCAGCGAACAGUGAAACCUUCUGGGUACCUAAUUAUGUGAAGGACAAACGAUUCGGCAAUUGGCUGCGCGAUGCCCGUGACUGGGCUAUCAGUAGAAAUCGCUACUGGGGCAACCCUAUACCACUGUGGAUCUCUGAUGACCAGGAGGAAGUCGUUUGCGUAGGCAGCAUCGAGGAGCUGGAACGUUUGACAGGUACAGAAAUCAAGGAUCUGCAUCGCGAGAGCAUCGACCACCUGGAGAUCCCGUCGAAACGUCCGGGACAUCCGCCAUUGCGUCGCAUUCCCGAGGUCUUCGACUGCUGGUUCGAGUCCGGUUCCAUGCCCUAUGCGCAGAUUCAUUAUCCGUUCGCUAAUAAAGUAAGCCUGGACGAAUGUUUCCCAGCGGACUUCAUCGCCGAGGGGAUCGAUCAGACGCGCGGCUGGUUCUACACACUUCUGGUGGUGUCCACCGCCCUGUUCGGCAAGGCACCUUACAAGAAUCUCGUCGUCAACGGUCUGAUCCUUGCAGCGGACGGCCAGAAGAUGUCGAAGCGCAAGAAGAAUUAUCCCGAUCCCAUGACCGUGAUCAACAGAUACGGAGCGGACGCCUUGCGGCUCUACCUGAUCAAUUCGCCGGUCGUGAAGGCUGAGAUUUUACGAUUCAAGGAGGACGGCGUUCGCGACAUCAUCAAGGACGUUCUUCUACCCUGGUACAACGCGUUCCGUUUUCUUAUACAAAAUAUCCAUCGUUACCAGCAAACUACGAACCAGUCAUUUGUAUUCGACGAAACGAAUCUUUCUUAUUCCGACAAUAUAAUGGACAAAUGGAUAUUGUCCUUCACCCAGUCUUUAUUGGUUUUCGUGAAGAAGGAGAUGAAGGAGUAUAGAUUGUACACUGUAAUACCUUACCUAAUCAAAUACAUAAUCAAUCUUACAAAUUGGUACGUGAGAAUGAACAGGAAGCGUAUCAAAGGAGAAGAGGGCUUGGACAAUUGCAAAAACGCGCUGAACACUUUGUUUCUGGUUAUUUAUACCAUGGUGCGAGUCUACGCGCCAUUUACACCGUUCUUAACGGAAUUUAUGUUUGGCUGGCUGUCAAAGUGGUUGCCUAAGAAGAAUGAUGCCCCGUUACAUACCAGUGUACAUUUUCAAAUGUUACCAGAACCGCAUAAUCAUUUGAUAAACGAGGACAUAGAAACGGCCGUGUCGCGCAUGCAGACUGUCAUCGAACUGGGGCGUAUCGUACGAGACAGGCAGACCAUCCCCACGAAAUAUCCCCUACGAGAGGUCGUUGUGAUACACCAGGACGAUAAGGUACUCAAGGACAUUCAUCUGCUGAAGACGUAUAUACUCGACGAGCUCAACGUCAGGAAAUUAACCGUCACCACCGAUAAGAAGAAGUAUGGCGUGACUCUGAGAGCUGAACCGGACCACAAGACUCUGGGUAUUCGCUUGAAAGGCGAGUUCAAGCAGAUUAUGCAGGCCAUCAAGGAACUGUCCGACGAACAGUUGCAAGAGUUCCUCGCUACGAAGGAGAUUGUCGUGCAGGGUCAUACACUCGAAGAGCAGGACCUGCGUCUGAUGUACAACUUCAGUGAUCCGGCAGCCCAGGAGUUGUCGAAACAAGGUGUUCAGUACGAAGCUCACAGCGAGGGGGGCCUGCUGAUUCUUCUGGACAUCACUUACGACGAGGAGUUACAUAACGAGGGAAUAGCGCGAGAAGUGAUCAAUCGAGUGCAGAAGUUGCGGAAGAGGACUCGUCUGGUACCAACUGACGCAGCUUUCGUAUAUUACAAAAUAUAUUGCACGGAGGACAAAGAUAAAUUAGCCAAGGUGAUGGUCAGUCACAAGGCGUUCAUUGAAUGCAUGACCAAGACUCCACUGAAAAAUAUUGCGGACUCUCCUCAAGAUCCCAGCCACAUUACUUUCUAUAGCGAAAUGCAAACGAUCAGAGACAUAAAAUUGAAGUUCUGGGCGACUCGGAAUCAAAGCGACAUGUCCAAACAAAUUAUAGAUCUGGAAGUACGAGAUGCUCACGUCUUCUUCACACUCGACGAGCGUUUACCACUGAGAUACGAUGCGGCAUUCAAUGAUUUUAAACGUGAAGAUCCUGUGAAGAUUUUGUUGUACGUCGAGCAACUUGGUAUCAUAACGUACGAACGCCUGAAACAGGAGAUUGAGUUGGUAUACGGUAUUUACGAUUGUUCAUACCAAUUGUAUUGUAAAGAUAAACCCCUUCAUAACUUAGUAACAAUGGACAAUACGCCGGUAGACAUAGACUUGUUAAACGAACAGCACAUUAAAGUCGUGAGGUCAGGAAUCUGACCAUUUGACUCAUUCAACUGUGAUAGCGUUCCGCUAAAAGAGGCGUUAAAAAAAGUUGAGUAAAGCUCAUAAACAAGAAUCGUUAUCAUACCGUUAUUAUAAGUUCCUGAAAAAAAGAGAAACAAUGUUAUAUCUUCAAAUUAGAUGAAAAUUGAGGGAGAGCUAAGUUAUUCAGUUUUUUUUUUCAUUAAUGAAAGUACCUAUUUACUACAAAGCUUAAUUAGAGAAUAAUAUAUUUCUUUUUUUUAAUUUGAGUUUGCCUUAAAAUUAAUAUUGCAGCAUGUUCUUUAAUAUGUAUUUUUUUUAUUUGAGUGUCUCAAAUUAAUAUUAGAGCAUGUUCUUUAAUAAUAUGUAUUUUUUUUGUUAUUUUAUUUGAGUUAUUUAAGUAUUUGAGUAUUAGUUU